AUGCUGCAAAGUCCAGAAACAGUAGAAGUGAUUAAGCGUUCCCACAAUAGGGGCCGACGCACGGAACUGUUCAGAGACAAGGCGAUUCCGUUACCAUGUCGCGGCAGGGUCUUAAGCGUUGCAUUGGCGGCGGCGCAGGACGAGGUGCAGCACCUGGUCGAGACGCUCGCCAAGUGCGACGGGCAGCCGGUGCCCUCUCGGCUGCUGCUGGCGGCCAGCGUGUGCAAUUGCGUGGCCCUGUACUUGUUCGGCCAGCGUUACGACCUGGACGACCCGCGGCGUUGCUCCAUGGACCGACAGGUGGAAGCCUUCUUCCGCGCCGGGGCUUCGACGCCCGUCGAGUUCCUGCCCGUGUGGCUGAGGCGAUUGGCCAGGCUGCUGCUGCCCGACUGUCGGAGCACCUUUGUGGAACGCUUCGCCCAGCAAGUCACUGAGUUUUCCAGAGAUCAAGUUGCCAUUGCUCAGAAGACACAGAAUGGCAGCCGCCAUCGCUCAUUCAUCGACAUAUAUCUUAGAGAAGCGCAGAAGCGAGCAGCCUGCGUGGACAAUAGCCUUACAAUGACCUGCCUGGUGGGCAACGUGACUGACCUGCUGCUGGGCGGCACGGCGGCCUCCACGCUGUUCCUGCACUGGCAGCUGCUCAACGUGGCCGCGCGCGCCGACACGCUGCAGACGGCGCUGCAGCGCGAGAUCGACGCCGUGGUGGGCCGCGGACGCUCGCCCGCGUGGGGCGACCGCAGGCGCAUGCCGCUCGUCAUGGCCUGCAUUUGGGAGACGCUUCGCUGGAAGUCUGCCACGCCGCUUGGCAUACCCAGGGGUGCUGCGGAGGACGUGGUCGUGGACGGACUUCUGAUCCCCGAGGGGACCACGGUGAUGCCGAACCUGUGGGCCGUGCACAUGGACCCCAACGUGUGGAAGGAUCCCGCCAAGUUCGACCCGACCCGAUUCCUUCCGGCCGAUGGAUCGGCGCUCACCACGAGGCCCGAGCACGUCAUUCCCUUCUCGCUCGGCAAGCGGAGCUGCCCGGGCGAGGCGCUGGCCAUUGUGGAGAUGUUCCUUUACACGACCCACCUGCUACACGCGUUCCGCAUCCUUCCUGAGGAGGGGCAAGAAGGCCUGCUGGAGCGCGUAGAACACCUGGGUGCCCGAUCCAACGACCUGGCCUCAGUGAGGCUCCGCUUUCUCAGGCGGUGACCGCGAAGAUCAGUGACAGUGACCUCCUCUGAGACACACCAGCCGGGUGGCGACGGAGGAGAACGCUUACAUGGAUUGUUGUUACCGUGAAGGGUUAUACCUAAAGUGCAAAUUGACCGAACGGGAUGCUGCAGUGCACUACUUUUAAUUGUUUAAAAAGUUUUAAAAUGUUUAAAGACUGUUACAGGAUAUGCUAUCGAAAUUCAUUAAAACAGGGAUAAUUAAGCGAUUUCCAUUUCCUCUGGAUUGCUUUUACUACAUAGGCACACAAUUUAAGUUAGAUAAAAAUAGUAAUGCUAGGCAAGUAUAGUUAUGAAAAUUAGACAAAUUAAGUGGAAGAGUUAGACAUCUUAAAUGAAAUUAUUGAAGCUCGUCAUCUGAGGAGUUCAUAACAGGCUUGUGACAUGCAAUAAGCUGUUGCCGCUAAUUCCUGCGGAGUAACUAAUUCACGCAAAGUUCACCCCGAAAGCGGUAACAGAACUGCCGAAGACCGCAACUGUCGCGUCAUGAAUCACGUCCUGAGUGUCGGGACUGUUAACGCAUCACCGUAGGAUGAGUAUGAAGCGUGCAAGAUCGCGCACCUUUACAAGCACGCUUGUUUCGCCGAUAUAUUGAUGUAUUAACAAUCGAUGCAUAAACAAAUAUUAAAGUAUAUAUUUUACA